CGUCUGCGGCGUCGAUCUUGGGGCGAGUCGCCAUUCCCGAAUUUCACCCACGAUGGUCCGAGUCGUCGUGUCCGUCAGCGCCGUAGCUGCGAUGGUCGCCGGUGGGUCGAUCACGGACCUCCCCGAGUCCGUGACCAAGCUCAUGGACUUGACCGCGAACCCGUGCGAAGACUUUUACCAGUACGCGUGCGGCGCGUGGUACAAGGACGCCGUGAUUCCGCCGGACCGAACCAACAUCGACACGUCGUUCACCAAGAUCUCGAUGCGGAACGAAGCCAUCUUGACCAAGAUCUUGACCGACAACAAGCCCAAGCUCGCCGAGUUUUACAACUCGUGCUUGGACACAGCGACGUUGUCGUCGCUGGGGCUGACGCCGCUCGCGGACGCGUUCAAGGCCAUCCGCGCCGCCAACUCGACGCUGGACCUGCUCGUCGUCGCGGGCCAGUUGGUCAAGAACGGGAUCCCGGCCUUCGUCGACAUCAACGCGAGCGGCGACGACAACGACUCGACCAAGAACGCGCUGUUUGGGUUCCAGACCCCGCUGACCCUGUCCCGGUCGUACUACACGAACCCGACCAAGUGGGCGACGGUCGAAGCCGACUACAAGGUGUACAUUGCGUCCAUCUUGCAGCUCGCGGGGUACAUGGCGGAGCAGGCCGCGGCGGCCGUCCCCGUGAUCGUCCGGUUCGAGCAGUCGCUGGCGGGGGUCGCUCUGACCACGCUCCAAGAAAUGGAGGCCGCGGUGUCGCCGUACACGGCGUUCUCGUUCUUCGACCUCGACCAAAAGUACCCGCUGGUGGUCGGGUCGUGGCUCAAGGGCAACGGGUUUAACGUGCGCGACCAGUGCGGCGGCGCGAACGACUGGGUCGGUUUCUACGACCUGUCGUACAUUGACAAGACGGAAGCGCUGCUCAAGGCCACGUCGGUGGACACCCUCCGCACGAUGAUCGAGUACAAGGUGCUGCACGCGUCGGCGACGCACCUGACGCCCGAGUUCCGCACGGCCAACUGGAAGUUGUUUGGGAAAAAGCUCGCGGGCCAGACGGUCGAGCCAACGCGUGAAAAGUUUUGCGCCGCCCAGAUCGACGCGUCGGUGGGCGAGCUCCUCGGCAAGUACUACAUGGACGUGGUGUGGUCGGCCGACACGGCCAAGACCGCAGACAACCUCGUCAAAGCAUUGGAGGCGUCGUUUUCGACGGGCAUCGCGACCGCCGACUGGCUCGACGACUCGACUCGCACGAACGCGCAGACCAAGUUGUCCAAGUUUGUGCACUUGUUGGGUGGUCCAGAGAAGCCGCAGUUGUUUCCGAACGUGACGUUCGACGCCAAGUCGUUUUUGGCGAACCGGUGGAAGGCGAGCCAGGUCACGAUCGAGACCAACUUGAACCUGAACGGCCAGCCCGUCGACAAGCGCCAGUUUGGCAUGACUCCGCAGACCGUGAAUGCGUACUACAGCCCGACCGUCAACCAGAUCGUGUUCCCGGCCGGCAUUCUGCAGAGCCCGUUCUUUGACGGGUCGUUCGACGCGGCGCAAAACUUUGGCGCGAUCGGGAUGGUCAUCGGCCACGAAAUCACGCACGGGUUUGACAACAGCGGCCGCAACUUUGACGGCGACGGCAACUUGAGCCCGUGGUGGUCCAACGCGACGAGCGCCGCGUUCAACAAGAAGGCGCAGUGCAUCGUGGACCAGUACUCCAAGUUUGUCGUCAAGAGCGAGGUCACGGGGGCCGUCUUGGGCAACGUGAAUGGGAAGCUCACGCUGGGCGAGACGAUUGCCGACAACGGCGGGCUCAAGACGAGCUUCCGUGCGUACCACGAGUACUUGAAGUCGUUUCCGUCGCAGUACACGACCGAGACAGGGGACAAGCUCUUCUUUUUGUCGUUUGCCCAAGGCUGGUGCUCCAAAAACUCGGACGCGCGCCUGACGGCGGUGCUCGCGGACCCCCAUCCCCCCGGCCGCUUCCGCGUCGCGGGCGCACUCCAGAACAAUGCCGACUUUGCCCGCGUGUUUCAGUGCCCGACCGAGUCGUACUACAACCCGUCCGCCAAGUGUCUGUUGUGGGAGUAGACUCUAGGUCCCGUCGUUUGAGUGUGAACGAUCCUUUUGUCCCGU